UCCUGACGUGCACUUCACUCUUCUGCAGCAGAGUGCACCUCAGCCCUCUUUUCUUUCUCUCCAGCUCCGGCUUGUGACACCAUAGGAACAGAUAUCCUUAAGUCACUAAACACCCUGAAGUCCUCUAAUAGGUGUCUUGUCUGGAGAGUUAAGUGGAUCACAGAAGAAGAAGAGGAAGAAGAUGCUGAGGCGAAGACCAUCAAACGCCUCGGAGAAGGAGCAGACUCAGAAGAAGAAGCUCACCUUGCAGAGGUCCAGCAGCUUCAAGGAUUUUAUGAAACACAAGCCCACCUCCCCCAAUGUGCAAGAUAAGGAGUUCACCCUGGACGACCACGAGGGGGAAUGUGAAGAAGCAGUGAAAAGUGGCAGCAAACUGGGGAAAAAAUGGCGCAAUGUCAUUUCUCGUACAAUGACCCGCAAAACAUCCAAGAUGGUGCAGAAGGCCCUGGCUGAGGAGGGGGCAGAGAGUGGGGAUGAGAUGUCCCCCGUCUCAGCUGACUUUCUUCCAGAUCUGAGUGCAGGACAGAGGACGUCUGUGUGCUCCACAGGGUCAGAGGACACCACUCCCAGCCCAGUGAGCCGCCAGCUCUCUGCCAGCAGCGACAGGCAGAGCUUGGACAGUGGUUACAGCCAGCGGGACAGCAUGCGGCUGGAGGACAGCUCUUACAACGGGCCAUUCUGUGGACGUGCUGUGGUCCACACUGACUUCACUCCCAGCCCCUAUGAUGUGGAGUCGCUAAAACUCCAAAAAGGUGACAUUAUCUACAUCAUCGACAAACCGCCUGUGGGAACCUGGACAGGAAAGCUCAACAAUAAAGUGGGUUCCUUCAAGUUCAUCUAUGUCAACCUCCUUCCUGAUGAGACCCCCCCAACCAGAAGGAAACGAUGCCACAGCAAGGGCAAGCAGUCCAAAUCCAAGCCCAAAACCUUGGAGGAAGUCCUGGAGAGCAUCGGCCUGACGGAGCUGAGCUCAUUGCUGUCCAUGCAUGGCUUCCAGAGCCUGGAGGACUUCACUGGACUGAAGGAGUCACACUUGAAUGAGCUGAACAUCACAAACCCAGACCACCGCUCCAAGAUCCUGAAUGCAACUGACCUGCUCAGAGACUCUGAAGAUGAGUCUGAACCAGAGGAGGAAGAGUUAGAGGAGGCCUCAGCUGAAAGCUCCAAGGAGCCGAGGGACUCUGGUUGCUUUGAGAGCUCAGAGAAUCUGGAGGGUGGCCGUGAGGAGCCAAAGACAGAGGAGCACGAUUCAAACCAGGAAACAGAGAAACAAGAGGAAAAGUCCCAGGAGGACCAGGCAGAGGAACUGGAAGCUGUCCAGGAGCAGCUGCAGGAGCUGACAGUGGAUGAUGGACAGUGAUUGCGAUGAUGGAAAAUAUGCUCAAACUUUUUUCUUCUCAUUUCUGAGAGGCUGUGGAUGCCAUUUAAAGUCUCUCUUUAUCAAAAGAGAGCAGACAAUGCCACUUUAAUGCAAACAUACUGAACAAACAGGGUUGAAAUACUGAAUGUGUAUAACAAUGAUUUCGCAGCUUGCAUACAUAAGCAGUCCAGCAGCAAACACUGUUACUAGCUGCUACAGGUGGCAGCAUUACUCUGAAUUAACUUGCGUUCAAAAACACCAUGUCAUUUUACUGGAGACGUGCUGUUCUGUAUUAUAAUGUUAUAACUAAAGCGUUCAAGGGUUUUACUCUGGGUUCUACCCUGUCUGUCCUUAACGUUCUCAUGCUUUAGUGUCUCUUUGGUCCUUCAUGAAUGUAAACUAUUUUACAUUUUUUAUGUAAUGUGAAUAUCACUGCUAUUGUUUUUUUUUUUUCCUGUGACUGUAAAUACAUUUAAUAAAGUUAAAUUAGUAGAGUGGUGAUAAA